GAACUUCAUUCCAUUCCGUUUGGUUCCAAUAGUUUGGUUCCCAACUUUAGUUAUCAUCUCGAUUCUAUGAACAGUGCAAAGUUUGGUGCAGGCAGCUCUCCAAAAAUAGUGAAGUCGAGUUUCAAAUUCCAUACGAGGAAGCUUCAUUCCUCGACGUUUACACACCUCAAUUCCGAUCAGGAUGCCGUCUACACCACUCUCAACCGAAGAUGCCACUUUGAUCAUUAAUCGACCGCGACCCCCCACUUGGGUAUUCCUCCCUCCUUCCGACGAAUCAGAAUCAGCUUCAGAUUCGGAUGCCCUCCCUCCCUAUCCUCCUCCUCCUACUCGUCCACCGCCCCGCACUCCACUUACACCACCAGCUCAAACUCACAUUUCCUCUCCAGCGAAUUCGAAUUCUAGCCAUAACUCGUAUGAAUAUAGAUACGACAGCACAUCCACAAUCAACCACGAGCUCAAAUCAUCCACCGCGCCAAAUAAAGAAAACUCUGAUGUUCCACCAUUCUGCAAAGCACUUUUUUUUGAUUCCCUACAAACGAAUUUUGAUUCCCUUGGGCCACCAUCCCCUUCAGUUUCCCCUUCUGUUUCCCCAUCCUCGACAAAAUCAUCUACUCCCCAGCCAUGGUUUCACCCUAUUUCACACCGUCGGUUCUCUAGAGCUUCUCCUCCUCAAACCAGAGAUCACCCACCUGUCCCCCUCAUUCAAGGUAUCUCUGCCUUAGAAUUUCACACUAAUUCACGUUCUCCUGAUUAUAUCUCCCAAAAGCCAUUCGGAGAGGAAGAUAUCAAUGAUUGGGUAAUAAUACCGCCCGAUAUCUAUUCAAUUUCACCAUCGCCAUCUUCACCAUCUAAUUCCGCUGCGCCAAUUUUGCAUAAAACUGAAACAAUCAAAAGAGCAGAAUCUAGAGGCACUGAGAGAAAAAUGAAUACAUUGGGAUAUCUAUUCAACUUUUUGUAUGUAUCAUAGACUUUGACCCUUCAUUUAUAACGACCAACUUGGGAAACAAGAAAUGAUGACGGAAUGCUGAUUGUACUGACAAUUGUAACCAGGAUGUCAACGAAAGGAUAUACUUCAACAGGAACCUUGAAACUUGCUUAUCAAGAGGAAAAGGACAAUGAUGAGCAGAGCACGAAAGAUCUCAGUCUUUGAAAUCUUGUCCGUUGAAACAUCAUCUCUACCAGAAAGGGGAGAGUAGCACAGCAACAAUAAGGGCAAAAUGGAACA